AUGUCCCAGCCUGGGACUGGCAGGAGGAGGCCUGGGACCCCGAGGCCUCCAAUGUGCAGCAUCCGGCCCUUUAAGUCCAGUGAGCAGUACCUGGAAGCCAUGAAGGAGGACCUGGCCGAGUGGCUUCGGGAACUCUACGGGCUGGACAUGGACGCAGCCAACUUCCUGCAGGCACUGGAGACGGGCCUGGUGCUGUGCCAGCAUGCCAACGCCGUCACUGAAGCUGCCCUGGCCUUCCUGGCUGAGACACCUGCCCGAGCCCAGAAGAUUGCCCUGCCCCGGGCCGGGGUUUCCUGCAAUGGGGCCGCCCAGCCAGGCACCUUCCAGGCCCGGGACAACAUCUCCAAUUUCAUCCAAUGGUGCCGCAAGGAGAUGGGUAUCCAAGAGGUGCUGAUGUUCGAGACGGACGACCUGGUGCUGCGCAAGAACGUGAAGAACGUGGUGCUGUGCCUGCUGGAGCUGGGCCGCCGGGCUCGGCGCUUCGGCGUCGCGGCGCCCACCCUGGUGCGGCUGGAGGAGGAGAUCGACCAGGAACUGCAGCUGGAGCUGGCCCUGCCCCCGCCCGACCCCCCGCCGCCGCCCGAGCCCCCCACGCGCCCGCCCUGCCACUUCCGCAACCUGGACCAAUUGGUUCAGAGGCUGGUGAGCCGCUGCACGUGCCCCGUUCAGUUCUCCAUGGUCAAGGUGUCCGAGGGGAAGUACCGCGUGGGAGACUCCAACACCCUCAUCUUCAUCCGGAUCCUCCGGAACCACGUGAUGGUGCGUGUGGGGGGCGGCUGGGACACACUCGGUCACUAUCUGGACAAACAUGACCCCUGCCGGUGCACAUCCCUCUCACACAAGACGGGCAGCUUCCUGAAGCCCCCUGUCCCACCGGUGCAGCAUGAAGUGAGGGUGGACGAUGGGCCCUCAGAGCCCCAGCCUACAAUGACCAUCAGCCGCUCCCAGAGCCCCCUGCGCUCCGUGGACUGGAAGACAUAUACCGCUUCAGGUCGAAAGCUGAGGCCCCCUGUCGCCCCCUCCCCUGCACCCCACCGUGAACGGAGAGCAGGGGCAGGGAUCCUCAGAGGGACAGCACCAUUCCCGAGGUGCCAGGAGAAGUCACUCGCCCCGUCUUGGAGGCAGCUGCCAGCUGGGGACAGCCCACCCAGCCCCCAGUCCUCACCUACUCCCAGGGGCCGAGACACACCGUGGGAGGACAGAUACCCCCCUGAACUCCCCAGGAGAAGGACUCCCACAUCUUGGGUCCGUGAGGAGACAGACAGCUGGGGAACUCGUGCCAGGACCCCCAUCCCCCAGGGACUCCAAGCCCCUGAGGCCACUACCACAGGGACACCAGCAGGAGGACCAUCUCCCCUGCCUUGUUCCUCCAGCCCAGCCAAGCCUGUGGGCCCCAGGCCACCACCCCGGGGUGAGGCUGAGGGUGCUUCCUCCCAGCUUAGGGAGACGGCACCUGUCCAUUCUCCAUCCCCUGUUAAAGGACCCACCAAGAUCCUGGUCCGGUUGCCCCCAGCUUGCCCCCCGACUCCAGGAAGAAGCUUUCCAGGGACUGCAAGUGGAGGUCCCAGGGCAGAACUGGGGAGAGGGCCCAUUCCAUUAAGGGCCGUCACUGGGGACCUGUCUGGGUCCAGACAUGGGGACUGCUCUGUGGAAGAGAGGCAAGAGGACCAGAAGCUGGACGUCCAGGUGACAGCAGAGGCCGGAGAGCCCUGGGGCCUGGGCCCACAGCACCGGGAGGGGAGGUGCACUCCCCUGCCCUCGGGUGGGAUCAAGGAGCAAGCCAUCUACCACAGCCUUGGGGAGCAGCUUUUGGCCAACAUGAAGCUGCUAGCGGUGGCGGAUGUCUGCCCCCAGGGCGCAGGGUCUGGAGUCCUUCCUCGCAGUGGAGUCUAUGUGCCCAGUCUGGGUGGGCGGUGGCUUGAGCCUGGGGGUCCUUAUGACAAAGUCAUCCAAGAACUGGCUCGGGGCCCCCCACCCCUCCUUAAGGUGGACCUGGGAGCCUGGAAAGCAGCCCCUACAGGCUGCCCUAAGCCGGCUGUAAGUGCAGGCCCAGGAAGCCCAGAAGGGAAACUGGGAGCCGAAGAGAGUGGGCUGAGGACAAAAGCAAGCCCAAGUGCCAAGGGUGCCGGGACAAUGAAGGUCCCAGCUCAAGGGGGGCAGGACUGCUCAGCCCCUGCUGUGUCUGCCACCCCAGAGUCCUCCACACCUGCGUCCUCCGCCCCCAGUUCUGAUAAAGCCAAGGCAUGUCCAGGCAAGGGCAAGAGAACACUCCGGAAGCCCCGGAGAGUCCCAUCCAUCUACAAGCUGAAGCUCAGGCCCAGGAUUCGGCCCCGGAGAGACCACAGGCCUGAGAAGCAGCCUUCACGAAUCCCCAAGCCGUUGACCUACCUCCACCUGGGUCCAGCCAAGGCACCCCCCAGGGGCAGGCUGGUGAGAGCAGUGCUGGGCAGCAACGGAGGGAAGGCAGCCCCGGGGGAUGGAGCCUCGGCGGGGGAGGAGGAGGAAGGAAAGGAGAGGAAAGGGCCAGCUGCACCACUGGCGAGCAGCUCCCAGCCUUUGGAGGGCCAGGGGCCUCAGCAGCUUGAUCAAGCCCCCGUCUCACCUGAGGAGGAGUCUUGGGUGUGAGAAGGCGCUUCUCCUCCCGGAGCCUGUGGGUAUAGGGGAGGAGGGAAGUGAAAAGAUGCCCGUGUAUUCGUUGCACUCCCAACUGCAGGAACAGAAAGGAAGGUCCCUCACCUCAAUACAGGGCCUUGGCCAGGAGAGUUUAGAAGACAGAGACUCCAUCUGGUCAGUUGAGCAGGAGGGCAACCCAUGAGUCCCAGUCCAAUUCCAGGGUGGCAGGGCUACCGUCUCCCAGAACAGCCCCCCACAUUCCUG